ACUUUUCUGAUCACCAUUUCUUGAAGGAACUACACUUUCCCUCAUGGGCUAUUCUCGGCUUCUUUGUCAAGUAUUAAUUGGCUUUAUGUGUGGGAGCUUAUUUGUAGGCUUUCAAUUCUGGUCUAUAGGUUUAUGGUUUUUUAAAAAUUGUAUUUAUUUAAGUCAUCUCCACACCCAACAUGGGGCUUGAACUCACAAUCCCAAGAUCAAGAGUCACAUACUCUUGCAACUGAGCCAGCCAGUCACCCCCAAUUCUGAUCUAUAUGUUUUUAAUGCCAGUACCAUACUGUUUUGACUCCUACUUGUAAUAUGAUUUACGUCACUAUAGGAUUGAGCCCUCCUCCUCCUCUCAGCCUUUUGAAUGUUCCCCCAAAAAAGACCUCCAGAAGACCUCCUUCCUCUGCAGCCUGGCCUGGACACCAGGCCAGACACUCAUCUGCUUCCCCAAACUGUUCUUCAAGAAUUUUAGCUACUGGGUUAUAAAUCAGGAUGCUAAUUAAAUUAUGUCAGGUUAGGGGUAGAAUUUUCCUUAUUACUAAUGAGGAAACCCAGUCCAUCGCCUUCUUGCUCCCCUGGCCUCCUGUCCUGGGCUUGCUUUAUGUGACUUUUCAUCCAGCAUGUGAAGUUAUGCCCCGGGCACUGACACCAAUGUAGAGUGCUAGCCCUAUCCCAGGACUGUGAUCUCAGAGCUUCACAUACAUUUUCUCACUUCAUUCCCAUAACAACUCUUCUGUUACUCCAUCACAGCCCAGUUUGCAGAUACACAAACUGAGGCUCAGAAAAGUUCAGUAAUUGUCCAUAGUCACACAGCUUGUGAGUGGUGCUCAGAAUGAGAGUCCAGGUGUGUCUGACCCUCCAGCCGACACUUUUAUGCCCUUGGUUAUAACACCUGAACAAAUGCAUCUCCAGGUAAGCCAAGCUUGCUCACGUGUUCCCUGCUGCUGGGACCCACUGUUGUGUUAGAGAAACAUUUCUGGAGAGUUGACACCCAAACUAUUGUACCCCUUGGACCCAAAGCCUGGUAGACCAGAUGCCCCCUGCUCUAGCCCUGCUGCAGACCCAUAUCCUGCCCCUCCCCACUUCACACAGCCCAGUUUCCUCUUUCUUAUGUAGUGGCGACUUCUGUGCCCUGUGCCCCAUCCCUUUCAAGAAAUGACAUUCAAUUUGCUGAAUAAUUAAAAGCAGGAAAUACUCUACAAAAGGAAGUGAGUGGGUCAGAAACUCGAAGGGCCAGAAACUCAGAGUGCAAUCUUGGGCCCAGGCAGAGCUGCGAGAGUCCAGCUGGGAUCCAAGUGUGCCCUCCCACUGUCCACAGAGGGGCGAGGAGUCUGGGAGGUGAAGCCAUGAGGCUGUGGCUAGUUCUUCUCUUGCUCAACUUCCCAGGCUGUUUCUCCAUCAAAGGCCCAGAGUCCGUGAGGGGCCUGGAGGGGGGUUCGGUGAGCGUGCAGUGCCAAUAUACACCAGGAUGGGAGAAUUACAAGAAGUGGUGGUGUCGCGGAGCAGAGUGGGAGUCAUGCCACAACCUCGUUGAAACCGAUGGAUCAGAGCAAGAAAAGAAGGUAGAUCGUGUGUCCAUCAGGGACAACCAGAGUCACCUCUUGUUCACAGUGACCAUGGAGGAGGUCAGGCAAAGUGACACAGACACUUACUGGUGUGGGAUUAACAGAUCUGGACCUGACCUUGGGGCAUCUAUCAAAGUGACCAUUGACCCAGUGGACAUGGUUCUGAGCACCUCGGCGAGCCCAAGAUCCAGGACAACUACCAGCAGACGUACAGAGGGGACAUCCGACUCCUACAUCAGGAACCACUACAUUCUCCUGGUUUUCCUGAAGGCGCCGGUCUUGCUCAUGUUGGUCGUUGCUGUCCUUUGGUUGAAGGGGUCUCAGCAGAGACUGUCCGUCUAUAGGAACUUGUCCUCUGAUCUCGUCGGAGACACAGCCCCUUAGACAGACGGACGAGCAGAACCUUCCACUCCUGGACCCCAUUUCCAGAGGAGACCCAGGCUGUGGCAGAAAUGUCUCUGGGUCCUCGGGAAGCAAUGACUGAUGCUGGGGGUGCUGACGGGCUGGCCAGUCACCCUCCUGGCUCUGCACAGCUCUGGGACACAACUCAGGACCCUCUUUUUAAAAAAAAAAAAAAAAAGACUUUAUUUAUUUAUUUGAUAGACAGAGAUAACAAGUAGGCAGAGAGGCAGGCAGAGAGAGGGGGAGGGAAGCAGGCUCCCCGCUGAGCAGAGAGCCUGAUGCGGGGCUCGAUCCCAGAACCCUGAGACCAUGACCUGAGCUGAAGACAGAGGCUUAACCCACUGAGACACCUAGGUGCCCCAACUCAGGACCCUCUUGAGGCUCCAUGGCUUCUUGGACUUGUUCCCCCUCCUUCAGGUUGAAAAUGCCCCAUGCUACCCAACAUGGGGCCAGGGCUCAUGGUCAGAGCUAUUGGGGUGGAACCCAAGCCACCUCUUUUCUAAGAAGUUGGGGGCACAAAGCCAAUGACUGAAGCACAGAGAGAAGCAGUAGGGGUGCAGACAGACAGAGAGAUGGAGCCCUGCCCACGCCCUGGUCUCCUUCAUUGCUGAGACCAGCUCAGCACUCUCUAUGUCUGAGCUUCUGAUACAUAAGGGUUUUUUAAUAAGCCAGUCAAGUUGGGCCUCAGAAACUCCUUCAAGGUUGGGGAGGCCAGUCAGGAAAACUCUGAGGAAAAUGAUAUGGUCUCUCCAGCAUGAUGAUAUUUUAAUAAUCUUAAUAAUUAAUUUGUUUAAAUAAACUUAAUCAUUAAAAGUGUCAUGAUAAAUGACUUUUUUUUUGGUUUGUCCAUUUGGAUGGACUCGGUCACUUUACCUUAUGGGCCGUGGAUCCUCCCACCAAAGGGACUGUCACAUCAUGUAAGAAGGAACACCCCCCAUUUGAGAUGUGUCCACCCACAAGCAAACGCACACAAACACAUCCAUUUGGAAUGUUUCCCUUUGUUUUAUCCUGCAGCUUUAUUGAGCUAUAAGUGACAAAUAAAAUUGUAUAUAUUUAA